UAUCAACGUUCUUUUUUUAUUUUCACUUUUAUGAAACCUCUAGGUACAAACGGACUCACUCGUUACAUGUUUAGUAUUCCUAGCAGUAGGUAUCAAACAUUAUUCCUAACUUCAGAUGGAGCAAUUUACAAAUAAUUUCGAAGCAAAAAACAUACAACACAUCCAAGUUAAUCUGCCUGUAGCAACUACGAAACGCUCAAGACUCACAGUUCAAAAUGGACUAUCUCAUUCGUUUCUCUCAGUCUCAUGAGAGCUUCCGUUUGCCGGAAAUUCAGUCACUCGCUGUUGUUGAGGGUCUUAAGCUGGAAAUUAUUUCAUAUAGCGACGAGUCGCCUUUUUGUAUAGUCCGGCUGGAGUCAGAAGAGGCUGCAAAAGCUCUCCUAAGACGUUCGGUCUUGGCACAAACCAUCCAUGAGCUCUGGGGAGCAGGAGAGACGUAUGACGAGCUGCACGCCGCAGUGAAGCGUGACACUGCUCACCUAUGGCCUAAAUAUAAAGAUGUCUCGUUUAAGAUCAAUAUAGACGCUUAUCAGGGUUCGCGACCGGAAAAGAAUAAAUUGGCACUUAUUAAUACCUUCGCCUAUCUUCCCUUCGACGGACUGAUUCUUCUCAAGUCCCCAGACCAGGAAUUUACUAUCUUCGAGGAAUGGGAGUUUGACUCAGUACCGCGGAACUUGCCUAACCCCUUAAAAGCAUACUUCGGUCGUCUCGUAGGCCACAGUAUACGAGAGGUAAUCAAAACUUACGACCUUAAAAAGAGGGGAUAUAUCAGCACAACUUCCAUGGAUUCGGAACUGGCAUUGAUCACUGCCAAUAUUGCUCUCGCCGCACCGGGAAAAAUAUUCUAUGAUCCAUUUGUUGGAACUGGCAGUUUUCCUAUAGCAUGUGCGCAUUUUGGCGCCCUUGGCAUGGGGAGCGAUAUAGAUGGCCGUAGCGUCAGGGGAGAAGGUGGAAAGAGGAGCUUAAAAGGUAACUUUAAGCAAUACGGACUCGAGCACCUGCUCGGUGCCGUCUUCGUCAGCGAUUUAACCAACAGUCCCAUACGAAGAGCGCGGAUACUCGACGGCAUCGUCUGCGACCCACCAUACGGCGUGAGGGAGGGGCUUAAAGUUCUCGGGUGUAGAGAUCCGGAGAAAGACGCCUGGCUUGUAGAAAAGGGGAAGCGGUCGUACCAGAAGCCGACAUUCGUUCCUCCGAAGAGACCGUACAGUUUCACGGCUAUGCUAGAUGAUAUACUAGACUUCGCCUCGGAUACACUAGUAGACGAUGGCCGCUUGUCUUUCUGGAUGCCGUCGGCCAAUGACGAGGAACAAGAAAUUCCUAUACCAACACACCCUUGCCUGAGCGUCGUGGCCGUCUGCUCUCAGGUGUUUAAUAAAUGGUCGCGAAGAUUAAUUACUUACCGCCGUCUACGAGAUUCGGAUGUUGACGUGGCGGCACUGGCGCAGAGGAAGAGGGAAGAACAGGUGAAAGGUCGUACGGCAGAUGACCUGAAUUCUUUCCGCCGAGCGUAUUUUAGGGGGUUCAAACCGGAAGAAGCGAAUGCAGAUGUCGCGGCCGGGUGAGGAUGACCUGUAGAGGGGAACCCAUUUGGACGAUCUUCUUAUACCUCCUUUUUUCUAUAAGAAGAAGAAGAAAAAAAAAGGAGAGAAAGUGGAUACUUGAUAUACGGAUGAUUGGUACCGGGCUGACACGAUAUGAAUCCUUUAAGUACGACGUGAUUCGAAAGCCGAUUGUGGGGGGUCGAGUACGCGCAAUCGAGGUAUAUUAAAGAUGAAGUCCAACUAAGUGAACGAAAUAUAUCAGAUCAGAUAAGCUUACCUACCUGGUAGGUAUUCGAAGAUCGAUACUCAAAGGUUAGGUACCUGUACAAUACAAAAGUUGCCUACCAAAAUAUCUUAGUGUGU